AUGGCGCCCAACUCCGCGUCCUUCUGCAGCACCGCUGUGGCCGACAUGCUCACCGAGGUGCCAGUCGGGGAGAGCGCACCGGCCAUGCUGAGCGGCGGCGGGUGCCGGGAGCACCAGGCUGGCGAUGGCGUCAUCGGACAUGGCGGGAGCAUCCUCAGCUACGAGCUCUGGUGA